AUGGGCCCAGCGCUGCUCGCCCUCCUGCUGCUGGCCGUGCCCGCUCUCUCUCUUCCCGUGACAAACGACAUGAAUAAAGGGGACACCAAGGUGAUGAAGUGCAUCGUAGAGGUCAUCUCUGAUACUUUAUCGAAGCCAAACCCACUGCCAAUCAGUGAGGAAUGCCUGGAAACACUCCGAGGAGAUGAACGAAUCAUUUCGAUCCUUCGCCACCAAAAUUUACUGAAGGAACUCCAGGAAAUUGCUGCUCAAGGUGCCAAUGAGAGGACUCAGCAGCAGAAGAAAAACAAUGGCUUUGAAGAUGAGCUUUCUGAAGUCCUUGAAAGUCAGAAUGAUGAGAACAAGCAAAGAGAUGCAGCAUGGCAGCACCCCGAGGAGGAGCAGCCCACGGAGUCCCUGGCUGAGCUACCAGCACAGAAAACCCAGCAAAAAGAAGAUUUGAGAAAGGAGGGGAAGAACGGCCUGGAGGAGAGGGAGCCCAGGCCACGGGAUGCUGACCCUGGUGAGAAGGAGGACCAGGAGGAAGCAGAGAGCAAUGAGAUCAGGGACACGGAGGAUGCCCAGGGAGAAGAAGCUUUGGAAAACCACAUCAGCAAAGAUCCGAGUGAGGAUGAGCUGCAGCCCCGAGAGGAUGAAGAGGAGCAGCCCGGAGGCCCCAGGGACAGCCUGGAGACUGAGGAGGAGGGGGAGCAGCCUUCCAGGCAGGGCCAGGAGCAGAGCAAGGAGGCAGUGGGGAAGCGCAUGGAGCGGGAGGAUGACGGAGAAGAUGCUCUGGCAGAGGAGGACCCUACUGAAGCAGAGAGGUCGCUUGACUUGGCUGAGGAGGAUGUGGGGGCUGAGGAGAUGCAGGGAGAGGACAGUAACGACGAUGCUCUGGGAUUUGGCAAAGAUGGGCAGAGCUCUGAGGAGGAGGAGGAGCAGCCACGUGCACUGAGACGAGGAAGGCAUCGCCUGGAGGAUGAGGGGAUGCAGGCGGAUGAGGACACCUUCCAGCCCAGGCAUGCCAAAAGCGAGGAAAUGGAGGACGAGUCCUCCAGGGAGUGGGAAGACUCCAAGAGGUGGAACAAAAUGGAUGAGCUGGCCAAGCAGCUGACAUCGAAGAAGCGCAUGGAGGAAAAUGACAGUGGAGAAGACCCAGACAGGUCCAUGAAAAUGGCAUUCAGGUCCCACAAGUAUGACUUCAGCAGCCCAGAGGAAGGUGUGAGAAGGUCACGGAAGCAUCACUCAAAGGAGGACAGCAGUGAAGGAGGCUUUCCGCUUGCUCCCAUGCCUGAAGAAAAGAAGGAUGAGGAAGGCAGUGCUAACAGGAGAACAGAGGACCAGGAGCUGGAGAGCCUGGCGGCCAUCGAGGCCGAGCUGGAGCGCGUGGCCCACAAGCUGCACGAGCUGAGGCGGGGCUGA